ACCUGACCUCCAAGCACCAAGGAACCCCUGACUGGGAAGAGACUGGGAGAGAUAAUUCACCCGGAAAAAAAAAGAAAAGAAAAGAAACAACAACAAUAACAACAAAAAACUUUGUGUCAUUUUUUUUUUUUUUUUUUUUUCAGCGUGUGUUCACACUGUAGCCCCCCUCCCCUCCUCCCUCCCCAUCACCACCACCACUUUCACACCGGUGUGUCGCAUCAUUUGGACUAUAUAAUUUUUUUUUUUUUUUUUUUUUUUCUGGAGGAGAGACAUUCACGGGAAGAAGGAAAAAGCUGGUGCACCACCACCUCCACCACCUCCACCGUCGUCGCCGCCGCCCCCUCCUGUCCCACCCAUGCUGUAGCUUCUCCGCUUUUUCCCCCUUUUCUUCCAGUUGCCUUUGCACUCCGGCGAGGAGCUGAUCUGCAUCUCUGGGGCUCGUGUUGCCGCCUCGGUGCGUGUGUGCCUCUCUCGGAGCCCUCAGAGCCCGUUUCGGAUGCGCUGAGAGAGCGGGGCGCAGCGCUGCGGUACAGUAUAUGGAAGUUGUGGGCUGCAAGACAGAGGCAGGCAGUUGCACGUUGCGUCCAGGAUCGGGAGCCAUGCUUUUCCACGGGAUCUCCGGGGAUCACAUCCAAGGCAUCAUGGAGGAGAUGGAGAGACGCUCGAAAACGGAGUCGCGUCUGGCGAAGGGCAUGCAGCUGAACGGGAGAGAGUCGACCAUGCCUUCAAUGAGCCCGGAGAAGCCUGCUCUGUGCGCCGGCUGUGGCGGCAAGAUUUCGGAUAGAUACUACCUCCUGGCCGUGGACAAACAGUGGCACCUGCGGUGCCUCAAAUGCUGUGAAUGUAAACUCGCGCUGGAGUCGGAGCUAACGUGUUUUGCCAAGGAUGGGAGUAUCUAUUGCAAGGAGGAUUACUACAGAAGGUUCUCCGUGCAGAGGUGCGCGCGCUGCCACCUCGGGAUAUCGGCCUCGGAGAUGGUGAUGCGGGCGCGCGACUCCGUGUACCACCUGAGCUGCUUCACGUGCACCACCUGCAACAAGACGCUGACCACCGGCGACCACUUCGGCAUGAAGGACAGCCUGGUGUACUGCCGGCUCCACUUCGAGACGCUGGUGCAGGGGCCGGACUACCACCCCCAGCUCAACUUCGCCGAGCUGGCUGCCAAGGGCGGCGGCCUCUCCUUACCCUACUUCAACGGCACCGGCACGGCGCAGAAGGGAAGGCCGCGCAAGAGGAAGAGCCCGGCCAUGGGGAUAGACAUACCCAGCUACAGCACAGGUUGUAACGAGAACGACACCGAUCACCUGGACCGGGACCAGCAGGCCUACGCUCCCACACAGAAGACCAAACGCAUGCGGACCUCGUUCAAGCACCAUCAGCUGCGGACAAUGAAAUCCUACUUUGCCAUCAACCACAACCCCGAUGCCAAGGACUUAAAGCAGCUGGCCCAGAAAACGGGCCUCACUAAGAGAGUUCUACAGGUUUGGUUCCAAAACGCGAGAGCCAAAUUCAGAAGGAACGUUUUGCGACAGGAGAAUGGAGGUGUUGAUAAGGCUGAUGGCACCUCACUCCCUCCACCCUCAUCUGACAGUGGGGCCCUGACCCCCCCCUCCAGCGCGGCCACACUAACAGACCUGACAAACCCCUCUAUCACUGUAGUGACCUCCGUCACCUCUAGUUUGGACAGCCAUGAUUCGGGGAGUCCUUCGCAAACUACCUUGACAAACCUUUUCUAACAAGCUAUCUCUAGCAGACUGAUUUUUUUUUUUAAUUGAUUAUAUUUGUUUUUGUUUUGUUUUUGUUUUUGUUUUGAAUUUUUUUCCGCAAUUUACAUUUUAUUUUUUUAAGUGACACCUUUAAAUCUACCAGAGACAGCUCCCUGGAACAGAAAGUGCUGUACUGUGUACACAAACAAGAGCAACAAGAGCAAGAACAGCAGCGACCACAUUAAAAUACAAGGAAAUCAUUUUAAUGUGUAGCAUUUGAAACCGCAUGGCAGCCGUGUCUGUAGUCGACUCACAGUUUGCAGAGAGUGAUUUUUGGACGGGACACUUUUGAAGUUUGAAGGCGUUUUUGAAAUUUUGUCAUGGAUCCCACAAUUCAUUGGAAGAAAAAUAUAACUAAUUUUGAAGCUUGUCUGGAAAACUCGAUUUUUGUUUUGACUUGAUUUGUAUAUUUGCAUUGAAUUAUGAUUAAAAUAAGCCCUUCCUAAUUUAUGGUUAAUUGGUAAAUUUUAAAAUAACAUGAAUACUUUGCCCUCAGAAACAUGUAUAUGUAUGCACUGUGUUCGCACUAUCCAAUUUGAAGACCAUUUGUUUUUGUUUUUUUAAUUUUAUUUUUUGGAAUAAUUUGGGAAAUAAACUUGUAGAAUGUUCUGUAUAUGGAUAACUCCAGAAAACAGGCUUUAAUUAUUUCCGAAUGUUUCGGUCUUUAAGACUGAGUUGGAUGGAAUCAGACACUGAAAUAUCUCACAGAGCUACAUGUAAAACAUCUAAAUUGCAUUAUAUGAGCACCUAACCAUCGCAGCUUAUACAGCAGGUAGAGGCUGAAACCAUACACAUUUUUUGUCUUGAUUCACAAAUCUACUGUGAUAAAGAGAAAGAAGCAAAUCUUACAAUCUGUACAGUGGUAACUGUUCAACGUGUAAUGCAGUCACAUGAUAAUUAGAUAGAAAUCAGCGGGAGAAAUUCGGAUUGGAGAACAGUUUAUGGACACUGUUGUAAUCGAUUGUUUUCAUGACAGAGCACUUUCUCAGAUUCGUCGGCCUCUUAAGAUUAAACCGCAGUCGAAGGGACGCAUCCUAGCAAAACAUAUCCACAGAUCCACAGCUAAACUCAAUUGCACAGUGACAAUAUACUGCCCAGUGAAAAGUGCAUUAUUGUUUUUAUCAUGUUGCUCAGGGUAACGAUGUGAUUUUCAAAAAAGGGAAGAAAAAAAAAAAGGAGCAGGGGUGAGAAAUUAAACGGUCAACGCGACAUUGCAGACUUGAUUUGUAGAGCUGACAUGAGCAUUCAAAUGACCUCAGAUAGGUGGAGUCGCGAGAGGCAGCCAGUGGGAAAUCAUUGUCCAUGUGUUCUCCUUUUUGGCCAUAUUUAUACUUUCUUCAAUGACACUUGCCACUGAACAGACCAAAAACAUGUUUCUUCUGGCUGAAAGAUAGAGAGAAAAGAGAGAAAGACAGAGCAAAUCUUCAAUGGAGUUGAUACAUUUCAUUGUGAGCGUCACAAUUUGUUCUAUUGUAGAACAAAGUGGUACUCUAAGUCUACUUAAUGAAGUAGAUGCCUAACUCAGUUCUACUAUGUGCCUUAUGCUAUAACUUGGGAGAAAGUUUGUGAAAUUCAGGAUAUAUGUGUUCUUUGUUAACUGAUUCACAUCCUUUUGACGCCUCACUAGUUUUGUACUGUUUUGCAUCUUAUUUCCGAAGAUCUUUUUAUGGUGUAUCCUGUUAAAAAGGGGGCAGCGAUGUCAUAGAAAGCAUUUGUGCACUCUUUCAGAUAUAGUUGGGUAAUCCAAGAACCUUAUAUAUUGAUCUUCGUGUUAAUAGUUGAGUACAGUAAGUGUUCUAUCAAGAUUGUCCAUGUUUCCCUGUUUCUUGAUAAAGAUGGUGUAUAGAAACUAUUUCCCCUUAAAUAUUUAUGGACCAAACGGUUGUUAUAUAUCUUAUUAAAUUUGUGUGAAUAAAAAUA